GUCUUUCUAUAAAAGCAGCAGCCAGAAUUGUCCCCAUCUCCAGUGCCAUCCGAGGACAGUGGAAGUGCUGCUGGAGAUGAAAGACGCGAGUCUUCUGAACCACACCAGCCAGAUUCGUCCCCAUCUCCAGUGCCAUCCGAGGACAGUGGAAGUGCUGCUGGAGAUGAAAGACGCAAGUCUUCUGAACCACAGCAGCCAAAAUUGUCCCCAUAUACAGUGCCAUCCGAGGACAGUGGAAGUGCUGCUGGAGAUGAAAGACGCGAGUCUUCUGAACCACAGCAGCCAGAAUCAUCCCCAUAUACAGUGCCAUCCGAGGACAGUGGAAGUGCUGCUGGAGAUGAAAGAUGUGAGUCUCCAGGCCAAUGCAACAAACCACUACCACCUGGCAAUGCAUGUCUUUGGUGCCCUCACAACUGCAAGCACUUUAAAAGAACUGGAUGACAUGGUUCAAAGUGCUACAGUUGUCUUCUCCAGUCCAUGCUGUGGUGCAAGUGUUGAGAAGCACUUCAAGAACCUGCAAUCGUGGCUGCAGAAAAAAGGGACUCCAUUGGAUGAGACUACCAAGUCUAGGGGUGACGCAGAGGACUUGAAGGAUAUUACAGGAAGCAACAGAUUUGCAAAACGUUGCAAUGCAAUUAUUUCUAAUGCCCCACUGGACAAGCAUGGAGAGGUCAAUGUGUACCAAUGCAAAGGGCUUAUUGAUCACCUCAAGAAAUACGUUCUGCCAUUUGCUGGAUUAUGGACCGGGAUAAUGCUAGGUUUGUCAUAUAACUAUGUCACAUUUCCCUUUUUGGACAGAAAUAUCAGACGAUGUGUUUUCUGA